AUGGAGAUGGAGACUGGCGAAAGAUCACAGAGUUCAUUACCAUAGUUGGGCCAUUACACCUGUGGUGGUCUGACAAAGCACACCCCUCACCUGCUUGAAAUUCAUGAAUUGUGUUAACUCAUGUGGAGCCUUGAUCUGAGUGAGUUUGAAAGAUUUCUAUCUGAAUUGGAUGUAGUACGGAGAAAAAGCUAAUAAUAAUAUGCCAUUUAGCAGACGCUUUUAUCCAAAGCUACUUACAGUCAUGCGUGCAUACAUUUUUGUGUAUGGGUGGUCCCGGGGAUCAAACCCACUACCUUGGCGUUACAAGCGCCGUGCUCUACCAGCUGAGCUACAGAGGACCACGAUACAUUUCAUCGGACAAUAUUCUGUUAACGUCUCUGUUAAAACAUUCCCAGUCAGUGUGGUAUGUCUGUCAGUGUGACAGUCUGAGUUGCCCUUGCUGCCCUCACAUAGUGAAUGGGCUGACGGUGUGAAUGGCUGGCUGCAGCAGCUGACAGGGCAUGUAUUGUUGUGGCUCUCAGUCAUCAUGGCUGCCAGGGGGGUGACUUGUGUUGUUGUUGUCAGAUGUUGUUAAGUGAACCUGGCUAGCUGGUGGCUAGCUGGUGGCUAGCUGGUGGCUAGCUGGUGGCUAGCUGGUGGCUAGCUGGUGGCUAGCUGGUGGCUAGCUGGUGGCUAGCUGGUGGCUAGCUAGUGUUAGUGUACUUAGCAUCAGUUGGCCGUGGCUGGAGACUUUUUGAAGUACUUUCCCUCAGUCCUCUAUUGUCCUGAGUGACUUCUUCCUCCUUCCUCUCAAACAGCGCCAUAUAUGGUCAUGCCUGGGAGAAGCACGGUCUGACUCUGUUAUUCAGUUUCUCUCCCCUUCAACGCCAACAUUAACUGAACCCUGCUCUUUUAAAUGAAUGGAAAACUUCUUGACCCACCUGACCUCUUUCCUUAAUAAAAACUCAGCCAAGGAAGCUAAAAAAAGAUGAGAUCUAAAUAGACUCCAAGUUGCCCUAUAACUAACCACCACAAGACUUGUGCCGUGUCUAGAAAACAACAACAUAUACAAGCUGUAAAUAUAAUUUUUCCCACACAAUGAGCCAGUCUUUUAGCUUCCAAAUGUUCUUUAAUUGCAUAAAACCAUCCCAUUUUCAGAUGAAUCUCUUAAGUUAUAUUUUAUCCAACUUUAGACAGCCUUUUACUUUGCUAAAGGUCAAAACGUUGGCCGUUGUCUAAACUCUAAAAACACAAGUCAACAAUAACAGGGUAAAAGUCAUGAAAAAUAAGCUCUAAAUCCAAUGUAUUCAGCCCUGUCUCUGACUAACAGCGCUCUCAAAUAAACCCAGCUCACGUUUGUCUCUCUCUGCUCUGAGCUGCUUAGAAAUGUACCGUGUUUAUUGCUCGUCCUGAUAUUUAUAUAUUUCUUAAUUCCAUUCUUUUACUUUUAGAUAUGUGGAUUGUUGUGAAUUGUUAGAUACUACCGCACUGUUGGAGCUUGGAACACAAGCAUUUCGCUACACCCACAAUAACAUCUUCUAAAUAUGUGUAUGUGACCAAUCAAAUUUGAUUGGAUUUGUUUUAGUUUCCCUCUUCACACUGUCAUCAGGAUGUAGUGUAGGAACUUGAUUAGCCCCCAGGAGGUUUGCUGCUGCUACGUGUGUGUGUCUGCGUGUGUGUGGGCUGGCCUUGUGGAAUGUUGUGUGUGUCAGGGGAGGGCCAGGGUUGGGCUGUCCUGUGAUGUCACAGACUACUGCUUCAGAAGAGCUGUCAGAUAAAUAGAUGAGAGUGGGAAACCGGGGGGGAAGAAGGGGUGGAGGAGAGGAUAGAAGGAGAGAGAGCAGUGCUCUGACCUGGCAGAGAGAAAAGUACAGAGCAGAACAUUUUGUACUGGUGUUGGAAGGGUCAGCUUGUGUAUCCUUAUUCUCCACUUACCCUCUUGCAGUGUGUGUGCGCACACACACACACACACACACACACACACACAAACUGUCAGAACAGGGCCAAAUUAGGAGUGAUGAAUUGGAAGGUGGAGCGAGGGAUUAUUUUUUCAAACAGAACCAAAGAAAAGCCACACUUGAAACCCGUACCAACCUUACAUAUGAAGCAGUAGAAACCCACAGGAAACUUCAAUGUCUUUUCAAUUCAAGUACCUUUUGACAAAAUUACACUUUAUUCUACAGGGGUCUGGCUCAUUUUGACUCAACCAAACAAGUGGGACGCCUAUUCAUAAACAUCCUGGGCCUAGGGUGUGGAAGUCUGCUCCCCACGUCAGUCAGUGGCCAUGACAUGACACAUUAGUAUUCACACCAUGGGGUAGCUGGAGUGGAGGAGCCUCUGUGUCUGCCAAUCAGCUCCGCCUUCAGCUAGCAACCAACGCCCAUCAACACCUUGCCAAAACCGAUGGCCUGCCUGGUGUGUUGCCAUGGUGACAUCAUGUUGUCCCACCCGUCACCGUUGACCGCUGCAGUGCAGUGAAAAGGGGCAGGAUUAGUGGGUUGAUACCUCCCAUGAAUCCUCCAGUUGGUUGCAUCUGAAGUCAAGGUCACAAGACUGUGGGUGGCAGGCUGUGUGUGCGCAUGACUGUCGUGUAGACUUUUCCAUAACGUGUUGUAAGGCGAUCCCCUCCGGUGUUGCGGUGGUGUCUGGUGUGAUGGUCUCCUCUACUAUAUUGGGCCUUUCUGUCGCUUCUCUGUCAGCUGAUACAAGACAGACCUGCAAACACGUCAGCACCGCUCUGAGUGGGAGAGCUGGAAGGGGUGUGUGGCAGGUCUGAGGGCAACACACACACAGAGAUGUACGUACACACACAGAGAGACACACCCCACUGACCGCAGCCUCCUCAGGUUUCAUCCUCACUGUAGUGUGUGUGUGUGUGUGUGCGCGCGCGCAAGUCAGAAGGUGUGUCUAUAUUUUCAAAUCUAGACCCCCUCUAAAUCAAACAGUAUCAGCUCGGACUGCUCAAUGUUAUGGCUACUAUCAGACUACUAAUAAUAAGACCUGGCUUCUUGUUAACGUGACUCUCUUUGGAAUACAAUAAAUAUAAUCUGAGCUUAGAUGCUUAGAUCACUUUUUCAUGUGUGUUUGGAGGAGAACAGUGAAUGUUUAUACAGCUGGUUUAAGGUAUCGGUGCAGAAAUAGCCAGGUCACGCAAAGUACCAGGCAACAUUGCUAGAGGUGCUAGACAGUGUCUCGGUGACUUGUAGGAAUCUCUCUGCCCAUACCUAUGCCUCAUCCGUAGUCUGCCAUUAAAUAGGUAGCAAUACAAAAUGGAGUACAGGUUUUAGAAAGGGGUUUGGCUAUGAAUCCAUUGUGCAUGUCUUUGGGAAGCUGACUAUUUUUAAGACUGCAUUUCUUUUUUUCUUUUUUUUCUCAAAUGCAUGCUAUGAAAACCAUUUUUCUUAGUUAUAACUGUAGAAACCUAAUUUGCUCAAGUGUAAGAUGAAUUGCGCCCAUUGUUUAACAAUGUACCUUUUCAUUUAGAAUGCUUUAGGGACACCUUUGUCUACAUAUAGCUAACUAAAUGAAUGUGACCCGGUUAUUUCAUGUUAAAUAACAACCACAGCCAGUGCUUUUGUUACAAGCGCUGUGUUAGUAGGUUAUCUGUAGCUACCAUAAUGUUUGGCUGUUUCAUGAAAACCUCACCCUCGGGACACUGGGCCGGACUGACUCGCCAUGUGUUCCUGUUGUGGUUAUAAACACAGAUUUGAAAAAUGUGAAAAGUAAGUAAAAGUAAGUAGGGUUCCGUGCUCGGGGGUAGUAGUGGGUACCUGCUUAGUAGAGUGUUGUGCCUGCGCUCGUAUCCUGAACUGGACUAGUCCACUGUCCCACCCCCCACCCCCUCCCCCACUCCACGUCCCUCCAGUCAUCACUUCAGGCUUGGUAGUACAGCACUCUGACUUCUGAGAAGCCAUAAAGGAACACCCUCACGUACAAAAUGUAGGUCUGUUGCACCUGGCAGAAAAGUGAAUCGUCACCACAGAUGAUAUGGGGACAUGACACUUUCAAAGCAAAGUUUGUCAGAUGUUUUCAGACCUCUAGGGUAGUCUGUCAAGAUAGAACCACAACCAGUGUCGUAGGACGUGGUUUCAUCUUGACAUUACUCUACUUUUGAGGUUUGAAAACAUCUGUCAAAGUUUCAUUUAUGAGGGAAAUGUGCCUUUAAGUUCCAGCACUCUUUGCCAUCAAAUCUAACUGUCUCUCUCUGUGUCUCUGUGUCAGUGCGGGGAUGUCGCCCAGGGAAGAUCGUGCAGAUGUCAGAGGCUGAGGUGAGGGGCCUCUGCAUCAAGUCCAGAGAGAUUUUCCUCAGCCAGCCCAUCCUGUUGGAACUGGAGGCUCCCCUCAAAAUCUGUGGUAGGUGGUGAUGAUGAUGAUGAUGAUGAUGGUGGCUGAUGAUGAUGAUAAUGCUGAUGAUGCUGAUGGUGAAGGUGAUGAUGAUGAUGAUGAAUCCCCACUACAUCUCAUGUCCAGUUCUGGACCUAUUAUUCAUUCAUUGGCCUGACUGUGGAUGGAUAGGCUAUGGUAGUUAAGUAACCCCCCCCCCCCCCCCCCCCUCCUCAGGUGACAUCCACGGCCAGUACACAGACCUGCUGAGGCUCUUUGAGUACGGGGGCUUCCCGCCCGAGGCCAACUACCUGUUCCUGGGGGACUACGUGGACCGAGGGAAGCAGUCCCUGGAAACCAUCUGUCUACUGCUGGCUUACAAGAUCAAAUACCCCGAGAACUUCUUUCUCCUCCGGGGCAACCACGAGUGUGCUUCCAUAAACCGCAUCUAUGGCUUCUAUGAUGAGUGUGAGUAGUAUGCGUGCGUGCACACAUGCUCUGUGCACAUACACACACACGACACACACACACAUCAAUACCUCGCCUCAUGCACUUGUUAGUGUAUCAUACAAGUAAUUGAGCUAAAUACCCACCCGACACACACGCUAAUUCAUGUUUAUUUGCCAUUCAACACAUGUAUGCUGUGACAAGAGUAAAGUUGCAAAUGAAUACACUUGCACACACAACUGUCUCACAUGAGUGUACAAGAUCCCAGAUGAUUGUAGAAAGUAUAUUUAAUCUUCAUCUCUUAAUCAUUCUCUAGGUAAGCGCAGAUUCAACAUAAAGCUGUGGAAGACAUUUACUGACUGCUUCAACUGCCUUCCCAUCGCUGCCAUCGUAGACGAGAAGAUCUUCUGUUGCCAUGGAGGUGCAGUAUUGCUGGAAGAGCUGUCCCUCAAACUCCCUGUCUAUAAAUGACAUGGUUGUUAAAAGAGCAUAGCGUUUUGUCUUGCUCAGAAAGUGAAUAUGAAAGUUGAUAUAGCAUUAGAAUAAUGAUUACAUACUACAUAUGUAUUAAAUAGUUACAGUAUAUAAAAUAAUGCAAGCAGGCAUUAGACAUGAGUCAUGACUAUGAUUAAGUGAAAAAAAUAGUUAAAGGUUCUGUGCACAGCAGUGCCUCUCCUACAACGUGCUGGUCCUGCCAGGGAAGCUAACCUUGAAAGUUUGUGUGGUUUGUAUGUGUUUUGGAUGACUGAGUGCUGUUGUCUCUGUGCUCCUCUGUCUCCUACCAGGCCUCUCUCCAGACCUGCAGUCUAUGGAGCAGAUCCGUCGCAUCAUGAGACCCACAGAUGUCCCUGACACAGGUAGGUCCACAUACACACAGAUGGAUGGAUGCACAUGUACAUACACAUAUACUGAACAAAAAUAUGAAUGCAACAUGCAACAAUUUUCAAAGAUUUUACUGAGUUACAGUUAAUAUCAGGAAAUCAGUCAAUUGAAAUAAAUUCAUUAGGCCCUAAUCUAUGGAUUUCACAUGACUGGGAAUAUAGAUAUGCAUCUGUUGGUUACAGAUACCGUAAAAGAAAUGGGCCUCACAAUGGGCCUCAGGAUCUCUGUGCAUUUAAAUUGCUACACAUAUUGUACGUGGACACACACACACACACACACACACACACACACACACAUAUGUUUUACUGUCCUUGUGGGGACCUAUUUUAUCUAACCCCUAACCCUAAACAACCCUUACCCUAACCCCUAACCCUAACUCCUAACCUAAACCUAACCCCUAACUCUUAACCCUAAUUGUAACCCUAAACCUAAGCCUAAAAUAGCCUUUGUCCUCGUGGGGGCCUGGGAAAUGUCCCCACGAGGAUAGUAAUACAAGCCCACACACACACACACACACACACACACACACACACACACACACACACACACACACACACACACACACACACACACACACUCCUCUCCAACUCUCUAAGCUGUUUACAGAAACAUGUGCUAUUUCCUUUAGCAGACAGUAGGGGUCAUCCCAGAUUGUACUGUACAUGAUUUUGAGCAGUUUAGCUAAUUCUUUGUUAAAGAUUUUCUGUUUCUCCAAACCAAAUGAAUAUUGAAAUUACCAUAGAUGGGUUGUUUAAACAUUACUUUAAUGACUGUCCAUGAUCAACCCAUUGUUAUGUCAACACAGUAGACCUAUGUGUAGUUACAUCUAAAUAAGGUUCUGAGAAUCAUUGAAUACAGUGGGGGAAAAAAAGUAUUUAGUCAGCCACCAAUUGUGCAAGUUCUCCCACUUAAAAAGAUGAGAGAGGCCUGUAAUUUUCAUCAUAGGUACACGUCAACUAUGACAGACAAAAUGAGAAAACAAAAUCCAGAAAAUCACAUUGUAGGAUUUUUAAUGAAUUUAUUUGCAAAUUAUGGUGGAAAAUAAGUAUUUGGUCAAUAACAAAAGUUUCUCAAUACUUUGUUAUAUACCCUUUGUUGGCAAUGACACAGGUCAAACGGUUUUCACACACUGUUGCUGGUAUUUUGGCCCAUUCCUCCAUGCAGAUCUCCUCUAGAGCAGUGAUGUUUUGGGACUGUCGCUGGGCAACACAGACUUUCAACUCCCUCCAAAGAUUUUCUAUGGGGUUGAGAUCUGGAGACUGGCUAGGCCACUCCAGGACCUUGAAAUGCUUCUUACGAAGCCACUCCUUCGUUGCCCGGGCGGUGUGUUUGGGAUCAUUGUCAUGCUGAAAGACCCAGCCACGUUUCAUCUUCAAUGCCCUUGCUGAUGGAAGGUGGUUUUCACUCAAAAUCUCACGAUACAUGGCCCCAUUCAUUCUUUCCUUUACACGGAUCAGUCGUCCUGGUCCCUUUGCAGAAAAACAGCCCCAAAGCAUGAUGUUUCCACCCCCAUGCUUCACAGUAGGUAUGGUGUUCUUUGGAUGCAACUCAGCAUUCUUUGUCCUCCAAACACGACUAGCAAACUUCAGACGGGCCUGGACAUGUACUGGCUUAAGCAGGGGGACACGUCUGGCACUGCAGGAUUUGAGUCCCUGGCGGCGUAGUGUGUUACUGAUGGUAGGCUUUGUUACUUUGGUCCCAGCUCUCUGCAGGUCAUUCACUAGGUCCCCCCGUGUGGUUCUGGGAUUUUUGCUCACCGUUCUUGUGAUCAUUUUGACCCCAUGGGGUGAGAUCUUGCGUGGAGCCCCAGAUCGAGGGAGAUUAUCAGUGGUCUUGUAUGUCUUCCAUUUCCUAAUAAUUGCUCCCACAGUUGAUUUCUUCAAACCAAGCUGCUUACCUAUUGCAGAUUCAGUCUUCCCAGCCUGGUGCAGGUCUACAAUUUUGUUUCUGGUGUCCUUUGACAGCUCUUUGGUCUUGGCCAUAGUGGAGUUUGGAGUGUGACUGUUUGAGGUUGUGGACAGGUGUCUUUUAUACUGAUAACAAGUUCAAACAGGUGCCAUUAAUACAGGUAACGAGUGGAGGACAGAGGAGCCUCUUAAAGAAGAAGUUACAGGUCUGUGAGAGCCAGAAAUCUUGCUUGUUUGUAGGUGACCAAAUACUCAUUUUCCACCAUAAUUUGCAAAUAAAUUCAUAAAAAAUCCUACAAUGUGAUUUUCUGGAGAAAAAAAUCUCAAUUUGUCUGUCAUAGUUGACGUGUACCUAUGAUGAAAAUUACAGGCCUCUCUCAUCUUUUUAAGUGGGAGAACUUGCACAAUUGGUGGCUGACUAAAUACUUUUUUUCCCCACUGUAAGUCACAGAAAACCCAAGGGAUGUAGUAUCUGGUCAUCAGACCGUUCUAGCAAACAUCUCCUUAUAUGGGCGUGAUGUGAACCACCGGACCGUGAGGCCAUUUUACACGUCUCAGAUCUUGUUAUGGUUGUGUGUGUGUGUGUGUGUGUUCCAGGGUUGCUCUGCGACCUGCUGUGGUCGGACCCAGACAAAGACGUUCAGGGUUGGGGAGAGAACGACCGCGGGGUCUCGUUCACGUUUGGGGCUGAUGUGGUCAGCAAGUUCCUCAACCGCCACGACCUGGACCUCAUCUGCAGAGCCCACCAGGUACUGUAAUGAUCAAGUGACCUGUCAUUGUAGUAGAAACAAGACAUUAGAGUUGUCCAGUACUAGCAACAUAAUCCAGUACACUGUAGUGUCAUCCACCCAAACCCUCUUACACACAGAAAUGACAGCUCCAGUUCCUAUAAACCCAAAGUAUCAAAUCUUAAAACACUUCUCUAUUGCUGUUGAGAUACUUAACAACGUACCACUGUAAAAUGUACAUAGUGAAUAUACUUAAUGACAAUGAUAUUGAGGGCUCACUAGUGGCAACACUAUAGAUAGUUACUGGAAAUUAUGCUGUAAACUGGGUGGUUCGAGCCCUGAAUGCUGAUUGGCUGACAGCCGUGGUAUAUCAGACCGUAUACCACGGGUAUGACAAAACAUUUAUUUUUACUUUUCUGAUUAUGUUGGUAACCAGUUUAUAAUAGCAAUAAGGCACCGGGCUGUAUCCAGGCACUCUGCGUUGCAUCGUGCUUAAGAACAGUCCUUAGCCGUGGUAUAUUGGCCAUUUAUACAACGGGUGGGUCUAAUCUUGAAUGCUGAUUGGAUAAAAGAGCAUUCCAGCCAGUGUCUAUUCCACAAGUUACCACAGUCUAAAUCUAUGCCGUUAAAAUACCUAUUUACUCUUUUCCAUCUGACUGCACAACCCACUGUCUCAUCAGCCCAGCCAGGCAAUUUAUAAACAUGAUCUCCACUUUAAAAAGCAUCUAGACAUUAUCUCACAUUUCUUUUAGACUAACAACACCUCCUCAGGCUUUAACGGCUCAGGGCUGUAUCCAGGCACAUAAGAACAGCCCUUAGGCGUGGUAUAUUGGCCAUAGACCACACCUCCUUGUGCCUUAUGGCUUUAAUUAUAGCUACACACUUAUAUAGCUACGUAUAGUUGCACUUCAUGACUUUGAUGGUCCCCUCCACUGAUGUGCUGACUGUGUGUGCCUCCCCCAGGUGGUGGAGGAUGGCUAUGAGUUCUUUGCCAAGCGGCAGCUGGUGACUCUGUUCUCAGCUCCUAACUACUGUGGAGAGUUUGACAACGCCGGCGGCAUGAUGAGUGUUGACGAGACCCUGAUGUGCUCCUUUCAGGUAACGCUAUUAAUGUAACGUCAGUAGUGUCAUUGGAACAACAGCUGUUUUCUGUCUCUACAGAGAGUAAGGCGUGUUUGUCAUUAGGGUAGACUGACUGAGUUUAUUCUCAGGAUAAGUCCCUAAAGUGUAUCAUUCCACACACUUAUGUUUGUAGGCCUACACUGUUUAGGCAAUAAGGUACAGUGGCUUGCGAAAGUAUUCACCCCCCUUGGCAUUUUUCCUAUUUUGCAAGGCACUGUACUUGUCAAUGCUACGUUUUGAUUAUCGCUACUAUCACUCUGCUACAGCUGGGGCCAAACAACAGCCCUUAGCUUUGAUAGAAUCAAACCCUGUUCAGUCUCUUGCGUCUAUUGGUUUUAUUAAUUCACCAGACAUAUUAAAGAAGAAUUUCACAGGUGGAAUAUGCCUUGGAUUGGGGUUUAGAUGUAUAGUCUAAUGGUCCACCAUCACUUUGUAGAUCCUGAAGCCGUCUGAGAAGAAGGCCAAGUACCAGUACGGAGGGAUGAACUCCGGCCGACCCGUCACCCCGCCCCGCACCGUGGUCCCGCCAAAGAAACGGUGAAUGUGGAAGAGAGGAAGAGCGAGUGAGAGAGAGAGGAAGGGAGGGAGAUGGAGGGACGUCGUGGAUGAGUGUGAUGGUCCCUGUGAUCAGUUUUUCACAACGGCGAAACACUUGGCAGACAUCAAUAAACGUAGAUAAAACGCAAAGUUUUUGAUUUCAUGACCCCCUGCUCCCCACCUCCGUUUGGUCUUUAGUUGGCAUUUCCCUCUCUGAACUGUUCUGUGUCGCGGGCCGCUCCCCUCCCCCAAGGCUUAAUCAGUGUAACAAACCACCCCCCCCCCUCCCCCCUCCCCAAUGCUUCAUCUGUGUAACCAACCACACCCGUUUAAAAAAAGUUGUGUUUAAAGAAAACAAUGAGAACAGUCAUUCUGUUUGCAUAUCGGAGUGUUUUUCAUUGUGAUUUUGUUCUUGCUUUUUGGCUUAUGACAGAAUGACAACUACUAGCCCCAGUUGACCAUUUCACCACCCCACCUGUCAAGUAAGAACAGGUGUUAAUGACAGUUACUGGGUUUUCAAUAAAUAAAAUGGGGGAAACAUUUUUUGGGUUGGUCAGUGUCUUUUUCAUUGAUAUAUAUAAUGUGCUUUCAAUGCAGUGAAAAAUAAAACACUUUAUACUCAAAGUAUUGUAAAAAGAAGACUAAAUCACACAGAAAUAUAAAACAAUCAAUUUAAUGUCACCAAAUCAAAGCCAUUUCCAACAGCAGCAACUGAAAUUCCUCAAAACUGAAAAACUAUAAAAAUGCACACAUGUAUAGCCAUGGUUCCCUUCGCUGUAGUAGCACAUCCUGACGAAUCAAAUCCCUGCUCGCAGCCACAACCAAACAUGAUUGGAGUUCCAUAAAACAAAGUUGAAUUGUAUGUAUUAAACUCUACAGUAACAUGUAACAAUUAUGUCCAAGAAGACUCUUUCUUCUCAAAACCUAAUUGCAUGCAGUACUUU